UUGAAGUUGCCGUUCGAGGUGACCUUUGAGUCUCUCAAAACGGAGCUCAUGCAAAUACUACCCAAUAACCAGCUGCUGGGGGCAACCGUUGCUCUUGCUUUGGUUGCCAUUUCUGCUGCCUAUAUAUAUUGCACCAGCAAACCCAAAGCCAUCAAAGUCCACGGAGUCCUUCUCUCAACAGCUACACAGCGGGUUCUAGCUACCCUUUAUGAGAAAGAGCUUGAAUUUGAGCUUGUUCCUGUAGACAUGGAAGCUCGUGAACAUAAAAAAAAACCCUUCCUCUCCCUCAAUCCAUUCGGUCAAAUUCCUGCUUUUGAAGAUAGAGAUUUGAAGCUCUUUGAAUCAAGGGCAAUUAAUAAGUACAUUUCCCACAAGCAUGCUGACAAGGGGACCCGUCUGGAAAGCGGAGACAUGAAGCAGAAAGCAAUCAUAGGGGUGUGGAUGGAGGUGGAGGCCCACCAAUUCGACCCGGCAGCUUCAAAGCUUACUUGGGAGUUGGCAUUGAAGCCAGUGUUUGGAAAGGGUACUCCCGACAAGGCAGUUGUGGAGGAGAACGAAGCAAAGCUGGCUAAGGUUCUUGAUAUCUAUGAGAGUCGGCUGGCUCAGUCAAAAUACUUGGCGGGUGAGAGCUUCAGCUUGGCAGAUCUUCACCACCUGCCCACCAUACAAUACUUGUUGGCCACACAAGUCAAAAAGCUCUUUGAUUCACGCCCCCAUGUCAAUGCCUGGGUUGCUGAUAUCACAGCAAGGCCAGCUUGGUGCAAGGUGCUUGCCCUGCAGAAGCACUGAUCGAGGAGGAGUAAGGAGUAGUAGCUGCUGCCGGCCGCCCAGCCAGCCGGCUUAUCUGUUGUCAUUUGUGUUUAUGAAUUAUUUCCAAUACAAUAAUCCUAUGUACGUACGUAUGAGUGAAUCAUAAGUCUAUUGCCAAGAUAUAUAUAUAUAUAUCAUGUUACAUAAGU